CUAUAUUUUGCGUUUGUUAGAUCUACUACUUCUACCCAACAGAUUUCUAGUUAUGUAAAAACGUCUUUGAAACGGUGGGAACGUCCUAAGAGACGUCUUUUCCACACUAAAUGCCCGCUGGGUACAUAUCAUAAACAACGAACCUUUGAUGGCACCUUACAGGUUAUACUUACAGAAGCACACACAUCUACAGUAAAAGAGUAGCAAAAGUACAGUAAUAGAGUAUCAAAUUAGAAAUGACUUUUACAGCUUGAAGAUGAUGAAAAAACUUUUUCAAGGCAACAGAACAGGUUGGGUUGGAAAACAAUUUCAAGUAGGUCGUUAUACCUGCACAGUUGAAGAUGUUGAAGCUGAAGGAGGUUUUGCUUUAGUAUUUGUAGUAAGAACUUCAAAUGGUCAGAAGUUUGCACUAAAGCGAUUGUCUGUUAAUGAGAAAGCUGACCUUAAAGUUUGCCAACAAGAAAUUGAAAUUAUGAAAAUGUUGUCAGGCCACAAAAAUGCUAUCACAUUUCUUGAUUCUGCUAUAAAUGUUCUGCAACCAGGAAUAUAUGAAGUUCUUAUACUCAUGGAAAUGUGCAAAGGUAAUGUAAUUGAUUUGAUGAAUGAAAAUAUGAAUACAGGGUUUUCUGAGAAGAUGAUACUUAAAAUGUUUUGUGACACGUGUGAAGUUUUAGCAUUACUUCAUGAUCAUGAUCCGCCAAUAAUACAUCGAGAUAUUAAGGUUGAGAAUAUUUUGAUAAAAGAAAAUGGAGAAUUUGUACUUUGUGACUUUGGUAGUGCUACAAUGGGCGCAAUGAACACAAAUAAAGAUAGUAUAAGAGCAAUUGAAGAUGAUAUUAUGAAAUAUACAACAGUAUCAUAUCGCUCACCAGAGAUGAUUGACUUAUAUUCAGGUCAUGUGAUUGAUACUAAAUCUGAUAUUUGGGCUUUAGGUUGUCUUUUAUUCAAGUUUUGUUUCUUUGUUCCUCCUUUUGGUGAAAGCACAUUAGCUAUUCAAAGUGGUAAUUUCUCUUUCCCUGAAAACUCAAAAUACUCCAAAGAGCUUCAUAAUUUGAUAUCUUCUAUUUUAAUUCCUGAUCCUGUUAAAAGACCAAACAUACAUCAAGUAAUUAAAAUGGCCUUCAAGCUUGCAGGAUGUUUAAAUCCACCAAACCUUAGUAAAACUGUUAUAAAAGAUACUUCUGUUUCUACAAGUUUGACUGAAAAGAAAAGAAAAUCUUCUGUUCCUUCACAGCCCAAAUCUCUCAAUACUGCUGUUGCUUCAAGAGAACGUCCCGUUGCUACUUCAUUAGCUCCACGACAGCGUCCUAAAGGUAAUAGCUCAGUAAUUGAGGCUGAAGGAAGUGACGGAGCAAUGCCAUACAAACAUUCACACAUUGAGAACGUAAAAAAAAGUUCCAACUUGCGUCGAAGUCAUAGCUUGAGGGAAACUACUAAUCAGACAUCUUUACUAAAUAAUCAAAGUAACUCUAGUUCAUUUGAAAAUGACAUGACUCCUCAAAAUCCAGUUAUGAAUAUCAAUUCUUAUCACCACGUUCCGAAACAAGAUUUACUUUUGCAGCAAAGAGAUUUAUAUCUUCAACAGCAGUUUAUGCAACAUCAGCAGAUCCAGUAUUUACAGCAUCAAGAAUAUCUUCGUCAGCAGCAACAACAUUAUGAAUAUUUCCAGCAACAACAUGAUUUCCAAAAGCAAAGGGAAAUGUUCUUGUAUCAGCAAGAGCUAGAAAUGCGAGCUAUACAACAACAGAAUAUUUUAAGACAGCGACAAGAAGAGUAUGCUCGUUUACAGAAUCUACAUGAUAGCGAACAACAAAACAAUCAGAACAAGUUGAAUGAAGCAAACAUAAGUUCGUCAACGCCAUUUAGUGAUGAUUUUAGUCGUACACCAUCCGAUUCUCAGAAUCCAUUUUCGCAAGAUAUCGUGUAUGGAGUUUCUAUAAUGGACAAAAAGAAUACUCACAAUCGUUCCAAAUCUGAAAUUAUAUCAAAGCCUGUAUCAGAAAAAGAUAAAGUCAUAAAAAGUGAAUCUAAAGUUUCUAACCCAUUUUCAGAUAACAUGGAUGUAGGUGUGUUAUUGGAAAUUGAUGACGAUGAGCAUUUUAUACGUUUGCAAAAAGAAUUUUUAGAAUUAGGAAUUGGCGAUAAUACUGCUGCUGGCAACAAUAUGCAUGGUUUAGCUGAUGAACCAAAUCAAUUAUUACUAGCGACCAAAAAAUACCACUACGAGCGAACAUCUUCUUGUAGCAGUAGCAACAGUGAAGUUAGAUCAUCUAGCGAAUCUUCUGAUGGUGAAGAAACCAAAUACACUAAUUUAAAUCAGCUUGAAGAUAAUAUUGAUGCUGACGCUACCAGUAUGAAUAAAUGUAAUAAAAUAGGUUUUUUAGAAUCGAGAAAUAAUUCAAGUUCUGGUCUAACCCAGCAAAUGAAACGCAAUGUUCAAGAUAAAGAUGUUUUUGAUUCAGCACCUUUCUUAAUAUCGGACACAUCAAAAGUCAAUCGUAAUGUUCGAAGUAAGGAUAAUUUAGAUAAAGUUACCUCAAGUAAUAAUUUGAACACUUCGCAAACUGUUUUUUCUGAUUCUCAAGGAUUUACUGAUCAAUUCACUUCAAAAAUUCGUUCAAAUCAAUCAUCUGAUUUAUUUGGUAUGGCUCCUAUAGACAAAAUAAAAACAACUAAAAGCAAUAAUGAUAUUUUUGCAGAUAAUCCUUUUAACAUGGCUUCUUCUACAAAAUUUAAAGAUGAAGGUAGUAAAAAUGCUGAAACCAGCAGAAUAAAUCAGGUUGCGGAUGACAAUAGGAAGCCUCCUGUCAAAAUAAGCGAUGACCCAUUUGGAUGCGCCCCAUUCGUCAAAAGUAAAACUAAUCGUAUGGAUUCAAAUGUUCAAACUAAGAUAUCGAAUAGAAAUCGACAGAUACCCGGCGCAUACAAUUAAUUGAAUGGAUAAUGUGGUUAUAAGUAGUGCGCAAUGAUUAUAUAGGUGGUUGCGCAAUUAUAUGGAAUGAAUUGCAUAAUCUAAUUUAUUUUUUUAAAUAAUUUUCACUUUUUCCACUUUUACUACGUCGAUUUUUUUUUUUUUUUUUGAAUAUUUGGAAAAUUAAGUUCACGUUUGCUUGAAAAAUAAAGCAAACAUUCGCAUACGUUCGAUCAUUUCAAGUUUCAUCAAUUGUUGAUUGAUGCGUUCGGUCAAAGAAUUGUAAAAAAGUGUAAAUUACAAAAUGUAAAUUAUUCAUGAGUUUUCUUGUUCUUUUGCAAGGUUUUUUUUAAAUGUAUUUUUAUAAAUUUGUGGUAUUCUGGGAAUUUUUGCAUAGUAAGCUUGUUACUUUAAAGUCCGUAAUUUCAAACUUUUAUAGAUUAAUUGUAUAUAUAGAUAGUA